UCUUGCACAGUUUGAGUCUCGCCACAUCAGGUCCUAAUUAAUAUAUCACAACUUCGAGCUUCUCUCAUCAAGUUGGACGAUGGUGCUGGCCAUCAGAGUGUCUGCGGCAGUGGCCGUUGGGCUCGCCUGCUUCGUCCUGCAAGCUGAAGGUUCAUGCAAGUCGCUGCAAUGUCCAUCAGCCAACGGCUACUUCAGUCACCCUCAGAGCUGCGUGCGCUACGUCAAGUGUAUUGAUAACGUCGCUCAUGUUGAAGCCUGUCCCGCCAACCUGCACUACAACGCCCGCACCGGCAUGUGCGACAAGUCAAAGUCGGCAAUGUGCGACGAGGCGAUGAAGAAACGCAGCAAGAGCUGCCUGCUGGAGGCCGCCCCAAAGCUGAGAUCCUCGCCAGUCCCCGGCGUCGCCUGCGACUGUGGAAAAUGUUGCAGGAAACCUGACCCAUCGGACUGCUCUUCAUUCUUUGAAUGUGAUGAGUCAGGGAACGCCUACAAAAAGACCUGUUCUGAGGGGCUCGUGUACAACCCACUGGUCGAAGAUUGCGAUUUGAGCGUCAACUACGAGUGUCCUAACCUGCCAACGUGCAGCUGCAAGUGUCGAUACCCUGUCACCGACGAGUGUGAUGCUUUCUACAUGUGCAAAGAAGUGGGCAGCGUAGUGCAGAAGCUCUACUGUUCAGAAGGUCUUCUCUUCAACUCCGAGACUGAGAUGUGCGACCUGCCGGACAACGUCGAGUGUCCUGCGACAGUCCAGCCAACUUCUGCUCCCGAAACGUGCAGGGAUUUAAAGAACGACUGCAGGUUCUGGGCCGCGAACGGCGACUGCGAGUGCCAGCGCCACAGACACGGCGGCUGCGCUUGGCCCCGAUACGUGCGCCGCAACUGCCCCGCCUCCUGCUCAAGAUGCGGCGGCUCUGGUGGCGGCCACGGCGGUGGGGGAAGUGGAAGUGGAGAACAUGGUGGAGGAAGUGGAAGUGGAGAACACGGCGGGGGAAGUGGAAGUGGAGAACACGGCGGAGGGCACGGUGGUGGAAGUGGAAGCGGAGAACACGGUGGACACAGCGGAGAAAAUGGUGGUGGAAGUGGAGAACAUGGCGGAGGGCACGGUGGUGGAAGUGGAAGCGGAGAACACGGUGGUGGAAGUGGAGAACAUGGCGGAGGCAGCUGGGAACAUGGUGGAGGAAGUGAGAGUGGAGAACAUGGAGGAGGAAGUGGCAGUGGAGAACACGGCGGAGGAAGUGGAAGUGGAGAACAUGGAGGUGGUAGUGGAGAACAUGGAGGAGGAAGUGGUGAGAAUGGAGGAAGUGGAUCAGGCAACGGAGGAAGCGGCGGUGGAAGUGGUGGUAGCGGAUCUGGCAACGGCGGGAGCGGAGGUGGAAGUGGAGGUAGUGGAUCAGGCAACGGAGGAAGUGGCGGUGGAAGUGGUGGUAGUGGAUCUGGCAACGGCGGGAGCGGAGGUGGAAGUGGAGGUAGUGGAUCAGGCAACGGAGGAAGCGGCGGUGGAAGUGGUGGUAGCGGAGCUGGCAACGGCGGGAGCGGAGGUGGAAGUGGGGGAGCUUCUGGAGGAGGAAGUGGAAUCAUCGACGGGUGCGUCAUCAAUUGCGAGCUAGGACAGUUCUAUCCACACCCGUCGGACUGCACAAAAUACAUACAAUGCACUCCAUACGGACCGCAAGAAAUGCCUUGCCCUCUAGACACCCGCUGGGAUCAAAGCAUCUUAACAUGCAACUAUGAAUCAGCAACAGAUUGCGUUACUGGUUCCUACGUGGAUGAGAACGGGAAAACAUGCGGAGGAUCAAGUGGAGGAAGCGGUGGGAGCGGAGUGAUUGAUGGAUGUGUAGUGAACUGUGAGCUUGGUCAAUACUACCCACACCCUACUGACUGCACCAAGUUCAUACAGUGCACACCUUACGGACCACAAGAAAUGCCCUGCGGUGCCGGUACUCGAUGGGAUCAAAGUAUUCUGACGUGCAACCAUGAGUCUGUUACACAAUGCGUAACUGGGUCUUACUUGGAUGAAAAUGGAAAAGAAUGUGGUGGAAGUGGAGGAAAUGGCAGCGGAGGAGGUGGAUCUGGCGGUAUCGUUGACGGUUGCGUCAUCAACUGUGAAGUCGGUCAAUAUUAUCCUCACCCUACUGACUGCACCAAGUUCAUACAGUGCGCUCCUUACGGACCGCAAGAAAUGCCCUGUGGUGCCGGUACUCGAUGGGAUCAAAGUAUUCUGACGUGCAACCAUGAGUCUGUUACACCGUGUGUGACAGGGUCUUACUUGGAUGAAAAUGGAAAAGAAUGUGGUGGAAGUGGAGGAAAUGGCAGUGGAGGAGGUGGAUCUGGUGGUAUCGUUGACGGUUGCGUCAUCAAUUGUGAAGUCGGUCAAUAUUAUCCACACCCUACUGACUGCACCAAGUUCAUACAGUGCGCCCCUUACGGUCCACAAGAAAUGCCAUGCGGUGCCGGUACUCGAUGGAAUCAAAGUAUUCUGACAUGCAACCACGAAUCAGUGACAGAGUGCGUUACUGGUUCCUACGUUGAUGGGAACGGGAACACAUGCGGAGGAUCGAGUGGAGGAAGCGGUGGGAGCGGAGUGAUUGAUGGAUGUGUAGUGAACUGUCAGCUUGGUCAAUACUACCCACACCCUACUGACUGCACCAAGUUCAUACAGUGCGCACCUUACGGACCACAAGAAAUGCCCUGCGGCGCUGGUACUCGAUGGGAUCAAAGUAUUUUGACAUGCAACCAUGAGUCUGUUACACCGUGUGUGACAGGGUCUUACUUGGAUGAAAAUGGAAAAGAAUGUGGUGGAAGUGGAGGAAAUGGCGGUGGAGGAGGUGGAUCUGGCGGUAUCGUUGACGGUUGCGUCAUCAACUGCGAAGUCGGUCAAUAUUAUCCCCACCCUACUGACUGCACCAAGUUCAUACAGUGCGCUCCAUACGGACCACAAGAAAUGCCCUGUGCUCCGGGUACUCGAUGGGAUCAGGAACUUCUAACGUGCCAUCACGAAGGGUCUACCAAGUGUUUCACUGGUACCUACGUCGAUGCCAAUGGGGAACCUUGUGGCGGCUCAAGCGGUGGUGGCGGGACAGGGGGAGGAGAGUGUGAUAUAAGGUGCCCCGAAUCCAACGGAUUAUUCGCUCAUCCAGCUGACUGCCGCAAAUGGGUUCAUUGUUCCAACGACAUUCCACACGUCAAAGAUUGCCCGGCAAAAUUACAUUUUGACCCCGUUCUUCGUGUGUGUAAUUGGCCGAAAAAUGCAGCUUGCAUUGCCGGUGAAGCUUUAGAUUGCCAAAUCCCGGUGGUGCCAAAACCGCCUACUGAAGCUCCUGUCACCCCACCGGAGGUGUGCGACUGCGAAUGCUGCCUGAGGCCUCAUCCAGAAGACUGCCAGUCUUACUAUUAUUGCGAUGGAGGAAACACCGAAUUCCACACCUGCUCGGAAGGCCUUGUUUUCCACCCAGAAAAUGAAACUUGCGUCUUCGCGGCCGACUAUCCUGAGUGCGAGAUCAUCCUGCCGCCCGAAUGCAAAUGUGAAUGUCUUUAUCCCUCGCCCAUCUGCUCCGAAUAUUUCAAGUGCGUAAACUCAAAGCCCCAAAGGCUGGAAUGCCCAAAUGGUCUCUACUUCAAUAACAAAAUUCACGCAUGCGACCUGCCAGCGAACGUCGACUGCCAGUCACCUGGUCAAUAUGCACGGUACGCAGGCCGUCACGCUCCUGCCAUUUCAGCUAAUGACUGCAACCGCCUCGAUGAUGGUCAGUAUGCUGCAAAAACUGGCACCAAGGAAUUCUACAUAUGCCGUAAAGGCGUUGGCUUCCUGUUGAAGUGCCAGGAGCCCACCUCGUUCGACCCCCGCUUGCGGCGAUGCGUUCAUCACUAAUUCACUCAUAAAAAUGAAUGAGUCAUAUCGUUCAAAUAGUGAUACGCCCUCUUUUGCUAGGGGCAAUCUGAAUCAGGGUGAACCACACAAGGCAAAAACGUCAUCGCUAUUUGGACUAAGACUCGCUCAUUUCUCUGGGUGAAGCGAUAUGGAGGCGCCCCCUUCAUGAUGGGCGUGAUUUCAGUCAUCAAAGAUGGAACGAUUUGUGUUGUUUGAAAAUGAUGGUUAUUAAAAUUUAAAUGACUCUUUCGAAAACUUGUAUUUUCAUUUGAUGCAGAAUAGUUAUAAUUUUGGGAAAUUAUAAACAACGAUAAUACGGUUAGUCAGUUGAAACAAAAGAAACAAUUUGUAUCAAAAAACCAUUAAUUAUUCCAACAUGGUAGGAAUAACAAAAAACAGUUCAGCUUAAUUCAGAAAAUGGUUUGAAGGAUUUAUGAUGAAUUGUAGCGUUUUAAUUUAUUGUAAACAAUAUUACAUGUGGGCACUUAGAAUCAACAUAGGUUGUAAUCAAACUUCGGGUAACUUGAAUUGUAUUCUAAUUCUAAAUAUAUCAGUAAUCCCAACAACACUCCCUACUUUUGCGAUGUUCAAAUUUCAUUCAUUUCAAUAUAAAAAAAUGUACCGGAAAAGAGCGCAAUAAGACGGAUAUGCUAAACAGCCUUAGAAUUUAAGAAGACUUAAUGACAUUCUUCUUCUUUCGUUUCGUCAGUUAGGGUUUAACACGUCAAGGCCAAUUAUCAGUAUUAUUCGACCUGUACUAUAAUCAUUUAUUAAAUCAUUGCGUCUUCAGUGUAUGUAUGAAAAUAACAUAUUGUAUUGCUUA